CUUGUUGGCACUUCGAAAGUAGACUUGGAGUUCGAAACACAAAGUUGUUUUGUUAAGCGGGUGCUUGCUAGAUUUUUUUUUUUCGAGACGGAAUUGAUAAAUGAUUUCUACAUAUAGCUAGCUAAUUGCAAAGGUAAGACAUAUUUCUGCUCGUUAAUAAUGGUUGAAUUAACAUGCUACGAUAACGUUUUAGUUUACUAGUCCCACUGCCAGUGUUAGCUAGUAGCUAACGUUAGCACUGGGAGUAGCUAGCUAGCCGUUAGGUAGUAACCAGAGAUUCCUUUCUCUAAGUAGCUAUCUCUAUAGUAACCUAUGUCAAAGUCAAGCUAGCUACUUUAUCUGUAGGUAGCUAAUAACGUUAACUAAAUAGCUACACUAUAUACAGUAUACAAAAGUAUGUGGACACCCCUUCAAAUGAGUGGAUUCGGCUAUUUCAGCCACACCUGUUGCUGACGGGUGUAUAAAAUCGAGCACACAGCCUGCAAUUUCCAUAGACAAACAUUGGCCUUACUGAAUAACUCAGUGACGUUCAACAUUUUUACAUUUUAGUCAUUUAGCAGACGCUUUUAUACAGAGCGACUUACAGUUAGUGAGUGCAUACAUCCUUUUUUUUCUUCUUUUUUUUCAUACUGGCCCCACGUGGGAAUCAAACCCACAACCCUGGCAUUGCAAACCCCAUGCUCUACCAACUGAACUACAUCCCUGAGCUACAUCAACUGAGCUACAUUCAACGUGGCACGGUCAUAGGAUGCAACCUUUCCAACAAGUCAGUUCGUCAAAUUUCUGCCCUGCUAGAGCUGCCCCGGUCAACUGUAAGUGCUGUUAUUGUGAAGUGGAACGUCUAGGACUAACUCAGCCGCUAAGUGGUAUGCCACACAAGCUCUCAGAACGGGAGCGCGUAAAAAUCGUCUGUCCUCGGUUGCAACACUCACUGCCGAGUUCCAAACUGCCUCUGGAAGCAAUGUCAGCACAAUAACUGUUCGUCGGGAGGUUCAGGCAAUGGGUUUCCAUGGCCGACUAGUUGCGCCUAAGAUCACCAUGCGCAAUGCCAAGUGUCUGUUGGAGUGGUGUAAAGCUCUGGAGCAGUGGAAACGCCUUCUCUGGAGUGAUGAAUCAGGCUUCAUCAUCUGGCAAUCUGACAGAUGCCAGGAAAAUACUACCUGCACCAAUGCAUAGUGCCAACUGUAAAGUUUGGUGGAUGAGGAAUAAUGGUCUGGGGCUGUUUUUCAUGGUUUGGCCUAGGCCCCUUAGUACCAGUGAAGGGAAAUAUUUAGCUCUACAGCAUAUUCUAGAUGAUUCUGUACUUCCAACUUUGUGGCAACAGUUAGGGGAAGGCCCUUUCCUGUUUUAGCAUGACAGUGCCCCCGUGCACAAAGCGAGUUCCAUACAGAAAUGGUUUGUUGAGAUUGGUGUGGAAGAACUUGACUGGCCUGCAUAGAGCCCUGACUUCAACUCCAUCGAACACCUUUGGGAUUAAUUGGAACGCCGACUGCGAGCCAGGCCUAAUCGCCCAACAUCACUGUCCGACCUCACAAGCGGCAGCAAUGUUCCAACAUCUAGUGAAAAGCCUUCCCAGAACACUCCGUAAUAUUAAUGCCCAUGAUUUUGGAAUGAGAUGUUUGACGAGCAAGUGUCCACAUACAUUUGGUCAUGUAGUUGCUGAUAGCUUAUGAUAGCAAGCUAGCUUCUUAGACUGAGCGCUCGCUGCACGUGUGCAUUCUUGUUUCUUCCAUACAGUGGAAUAAUUGAUACUGAUGGCUAUCUGAAUGUCUUCCUGUUUUCCAUAAUCUAGUGAGCAGCAAAGAUGGUGCUUCACCUUGAUAAAGAGCAUGCACUGUUGGAAUGGGUAAGUCGACUUUGUUUUCUGUGGUCAUUACCAAUAUAAGUGCUGAGUAGUUUGUUUUUGUAUGCCUUGCUAAAUGUAAUACAUUUUCGUCACCAGGUUAACCACCUGAAUGUGGACCUCCCGGUGCGGAGCAUCAACAAUUUACAGGAUGGCGUUUUGUUGAUGAAGCUCGUCUAUAAACUGUGAGUAAAAACAAUGUUCCAUAAUAGCCUAGAACUUUUAGAUAUUUGUCCUAGUCUGGAUUUCGCUGACUUGGGAGUUUUGCUUUUUCUCUGCUGUAGUAACUUCUUGUUUUAAUAAUUGACGUCUGUGAUUCUGACAGGAGAAAGGAGGAGCCUCCUCAGUCCUACCUGGACCAGCAUGUCCAGGAGAGGCUGAAAGUGGUAUCUGACUUCCUGCAAGGUGAGUCACACUCACUGCUCACUCCUCCGAAGCCUAACUGUUUUGUAGUCAUGAUGGGGGGGGUAGUUUUCCCACACAGACACAUGGCUAAUAGUCUUGUUAUCAAUGUUUUUCCAGGUGACUGCAGGUGCAGCACAGAACGGGGAACUCUCAUCUCCUGGGACAACAUCAGCAAUGGCGUAAACCUGGAGGUGGAGUUAUCGAAGGUAUCAGCGUCAUUCAUCUGGGUUUUAUUCACUAACCAAAUUUGAGCUAGAGGCCAAGUAUACAUCAUGCGUUGGUGGAUUGAAUGCUCAGAGUCCACAGCAUUGUGUUCCGCUCUACACUUGACCAAACACUUGAGCAAAGUUUAUUGGUUACAUGCACAGGAUACAGGUUGUAAACGGUACAGUGAAAUGCUUAAUUGCAAGCUCUCCUCAACAGUGCAAUACACAUUUUAUUGAACAAAAAAAUCUAGUAGUAAAAAAUCAAACCAAUAGUCAUGUUUGGAAAUGUAUACACAAUAAGAAUAUACAGUAUAGACUGUGAAAUGUGCUAAAGUGGGUACCUGUAUAUGAUUCAGCCCAUCACUAACCGAGAUCUCGUGGGUGACCUGUUUUAUAUAUACUUUGGUGUGUUUUUCUCAGGUGCUUGUGCUCUUGUACUACCAUAGUGUGAUCAACAGCCAUGUUGACCUGAACCAACUGGAAUACAAGUUUGAGGUAGGAGGGUCCUCGUGCUCUUAGUGGCAUACUUAUGAAGGCACUUUAUUUUUUAUUUAUUUUUUAUUGCCCUAUAGAUGUGACUAACUGCUGUUUUCUUCCCUAAAGGUUGAGCUUGCCUCCAUGCUCCGCUUUGUUUUGGACAAUGAGAAUAGCCUCUACUUGAGCGAGAACUUGGAGAAAUAUCUAAGAAGGAAGCGUAAGCCUUCACGCACGUUUUAGGUUACAUUCAACAAUUCACCUUUAUGGUUGCAGAACAGAAACAAGCACACUCUUUCUCUCUCAGCCCUGUUUAGUUUCAACAGUGACAUCUCCAGUACCCCCUCCUCCUCCUCGUUCAACGAUGAUGAGUCCCCAGUCAUCCAGCGCAGAAAGAAGAUCGGUUCAGUUCAGUUUCUGGACCUAAAAACGGUUGCGUCCUCGUCUGUCAGGUAUUUCUCUGUCCCUCCCAUCUCUCCUCGUUUUUGUUUGUGCUCACUCGUUCCUCUUCUGGUGUCCCACCUAUGGUGUCCUAGCUACAGCCCUAGUGAGCUACUAGUCCAGAACAGCUGAUGUUUGCCAGCUGUUCUGCUGAUCUGUAUGCUGGGUGGGAACACUGCUGAUCUAUGUGAGUAACCGGUGUGUUUUCCUGUGUUCUCCCACCUGCCUGUGCAGUUCUCCCCUGCAGGAUGUGAUGAACACGCCACAGUUCCAGAUGAAGAAGCUGCAGAGGCAGCUGCGUCAGGAGAGAGACAUGAGGGAUGAGCUGGAGAAAGACCUGGCCACCAGCGCCACCACCCUCACCCAGAGAGGUACCCAUCUUCCUGGCUCUGUCCGAUGUACCCGGUACUUCCUCUGGAUUCUUACUGUUCCUGCUCCCUCUCCCUCCUGUAGAGAGUCAGAUCUGCCAGUUGCAGCACCGUAUUGAGAAGCUGCUGAGGGAACAGGCUGAGCAGGAGCAGGAGCCCCGGGAUGAGCUACAACAACUGCACAGCAAGAACGAGGGGUAGGCAGGGAGAGAGGAGGGUCAAGGUCAUGCUGAGAUAAUGCUAAGUGUCUGUGUAUAACUGCAUUAUCUCUCUAUUAGGCUGCGGACCCGUCUCCAUGAGGUGCUGAAGGAGUGCCAAGCGUUAAAGACUAACUCAUCUCAGAUGGAGCGGAAGGUGGAUAAUCUGACAGAGGAGAAUGGCACCCUCUCUGUCCAGGUGAGGGACUCUCCUUUUACACAUUUUCUUCAAGGCCCAGUGCAGGAAAACAUCUGAUUUUCCUGUGUUUUUAUAUAUAUUUCCACACUGAGGUUGUGAAAAUUAUAAUGCUGUUUGAAAAGACUGCCUGAAAUUUCAGGCAGUUUUGGUGGGAUGAAGUACAUAUCCAUCCCAUUAGGCUCGUCCAAUUAGGCCUCUCACUCAGACCACUCCCAGACAGUCAUAGCAAAAUUCUUGCUUGAAAAAUUGCUCUGUGCUAAUAAGCUAUUUUUGACCAUUUUUAAUUGGACAAAAAUAACAUUUAAGGUACUUAAUUGUUACCAGAAAAUAUUUGAUUUUGAGAUACAAAUGGCUGCAUUGAGCCUUUUAAAUCAACAGUCAUGAAGACCAUACACCGCCUUUGGGGAUUUAAUCAAUUUUAAAGGUAUUGCAAUUGGUUACUAACUGACAACUCUCAUCAUUUCUGUGUGUCAGAUGCGUGAAGUGAUUGCUCGGUUGACAAGUGCUGAGGCUGAGGUGGACGGGCUGACUGAAGCCCAGGACUCUGCUCAGGGGGAGUGGAGCAGCAGACACUGCCACCUUCAGGCUGAACUCAACCGGGCCACUGCUCAGAAGGUGAGGCCUAAAGACCAGGGCCCAUAUUCAUAAAGCAUCUCCGAGUAGGAGUUCUGAUCUAGGAUCACUUUAGCCUUUUUUAGAACACAAUUAGUAAAAUGUACAUGGACAGAGGGGACCUACUCGGAGAUGCUUUAUGAAUACAGGCCCAGAAUAUCUCAAUUUUUGCUUGCUCUUUCUACAGUCUCUUUUCAUUCUUACUCAUGUGCUCUUUUAUGUCUGUUAGGAGUUUCUAAGUGAACAGAUGCUGAUCCUGCAGAGCAAGAUCUCCUCUCUAGAGGACGAGCUGAGUAAAGCCAAGCUGCAGGAAAAAGGAGAAGUCAUGGGCCCUAUCAUGGAGGUCAGCAUUUACCCAGAUACUUAAAGCUAAAUCAAUUAUCACAAUGUUCAAGGGUUACAUUACAUCCAAGUUUCAGUGGUUGUUUUAACCACACAUCCUUCCCUGUUUACCCCCACAGUGGGAGCAGCUGAAACAGGAGCUUGCUGAUGCCACCCUCAGGCACUCAGAGUGUGAGUGCACCAUCGCCCGUCUGGAGGGGGAGAAGGAGCAGGCUGCCGCCCUGCAUGCCCAGGAGAGGGCCUCGCUACAGGCAGAGAGCCAGAGACUGCAGAUCCUGGUGACUGAGCUCCAGGAAGCCCUGAGUGCUCUGCGGGCCGACAGAGAGGCUCUGGAGCUGGCCUCCAAGGAGGAGAGAGAGUCCCUGACCGCCCAGCUUCAUGCCCUGACCGCUGAGGUGGCCAGCCUUACCCAGACUGUACAACAAAGGGAGCGGGAGGUGCAUGCGCUGGGGGAGGAGGUGCAGGAGGAGUGCAAGCAGAGAGGGGAGCUGAAUCUGGCUAUGGAGCAGCAGGAGAGGGAGGCCAGAGAGGAGAUCCAGGAGCUGACCAGCCACGUGGAUAACAUGGGUGCCUCGCUGAGGAGGGCUGAGGAGGAGGUGCAGGUUAAGGAGAAGCAGCUUACCAAGCAGCAGCAGGAAAGCGCUCUACAGAGGGAGGUCCUACAGGAGCAGGUGGCUGCAUCUGAGAAGGCAUUAAGAGAGCUGAAGGAGCAGGAAGAGGCUGUUAGAGAGGAGGCCACUCGACUGCACCAGGAGAUCACUACACAUGCUACGGACCUCUGCAGCCUGAGGGAGGAGCACACUGCUCUGCAGGAGCACUUGGCUAGGCAGCAAGAGGAGAUCUCCUUAGAAAAGGAGGCGCAGGCAGCAGCCCACAGGGAGAAGGAGGCGGUGGUGGAGGAGGAGCUCUCACGACUCCAGGAGGAAGUGAGGAGCCUGGGGGAACAGAUGGCCCGGCUGGAGGAGGCUCAGCGGGAGAAGGAGUGUCUUCUCCUCCAGGCCACAGAGAACAUAGAGGCCCUCCAGACAGAGAGAGCCACUGCCUCGUCCCUCGCUGCAGCCAAAGACCUGGAGCUCAGCAGCCUGAGAGAGGAGGUGAGGGCCAGGGAGGAGCAGCUAGCCAAGCAGCAAGAGGAGCACAGUUUACAGCAGGAGGCGCUACAGGAGGAGCUUGCAGCUCAGGAGAAUGAAAUCGGUAACGUGAGAGAGCGGCUCGCUGGCCUGAUGGACCAGAUCUCCCUGCUGAAGGAGGUGUGUCAGGAGGGAACCCUCCAAAACAAGGAGGCGAUGGAGGCCCUGAGAGAAGAGCACACUGCCCAGUUGGAGCAGCUGCAGCUAGUGAAGGAGCAGGUGGAAAAGGUCCAGGAGAGGAAUGAGGAGACCUCUGCAGCUCUCAAGGAGAAGGAGGAGAGCCUCAAACAGAAGGAGGAGAGACUCCGGGGGCUGGAGGAGGAGCUACAAGCCUCCACCUCUCUGGCCUCCCAGAAACUACAGGAAGAACUGACCUCACUCAAGGAGGAAGUAAUCUCGCUGCAAGAGGAGGUGGAGAGGAGGCGUGCCGCGGAGGCCCUGGCAGUUGAGGAGAUGAGGGAGGUGGCUAGGGAACAUGACUCUAAACGUAUGGAGCUGGAGAAGAGUGUGUCAGCCCUACAGCUGCUGCUGGACUCAGCCGUCCAGAACAGUGAUGUGAAUAGACAGAGGUGUGAGAGGCUGGAGCAGGAGCUGGAGCAGAGAGGAUCACUGGUGGAAGAGCUGAGGCUGCAGGAGGACAGCGCCAGACUGGAGGCCACUCGACUCCGCCAGGAGAUCUCUACACAUGUCAGCCAUCUGGAGGAGGUGCGGAGGGGAAAGGAGGAGCUGGCCAAGCAGCAGGAGGAUCUGAGAGGGGAGGUGUCCCUCCAUCAGCAGAGAGCUGCAGAGCUGCUGCAGAGCUUGGAGGAGAAGCAGGAGGCCCUUAGAGAGCUGAAGGAGCAGCUAGUCCAGCAGCAGGAGGAUGGGUCCCUACAGAAGGAUGCUGCAGCCCUCCAGGAGAAGGAGGCGGUGGAGGCUCUGAGAGGGGAGGUGGCCCUCAAUCAACAGAGGGCUGCAGAGCUACAGCAGAGCCUGGAGGACCAGGAGGCUGCGCUGAGGGAACUGAGGGAGCAGGAGAUGAGCAGAGAGGAUGCCACUCUGAAGAUGGAGGCCCUCCAAGCAGCUAAAGACCUGCAGUUCAGCACUCUGCGAGAGGAGGCCACCGCCUUACAGGAGCAGCUAAUUAAGAGGGAGCAGGGAAUCUCCCUUCAGAAUGAGGCGCUGCAGGAGGCCCAGAGGGAGAAGGAGGCACUGAGAGAGGAGCUGGCCAGGCAACAGGAGGAGCUGAGAGAGGCAUUAACUCUCCAGCAGGAGAGAGCUCAGUCCUUAGAGCAGAGGCUGGCGGAGCAGCAGGAGACCACUCUGGAGAUGGUGGCCCUCCAGGCAGCUAAGGACCUGGAGCUCAGCACCCUGAGAGAAGAGGCCACCCAACUCGAGCAGAGGCUGGCGGAGCAGCAGGAGACCACUCUGGAGAUGGUGGCCCUCCAGGCAGCUAAGGACCUGGAGCUCAGCACCCUGAGAGAAGAGGCCACCCAACUCCGCCAGGAGAUCUCCACACAUGUCAGCCAUCUGAAGGAGGUGAAGAGGGAGAGCGAGAGCCUCCUGAGAGAGGAGCACACUGCCUUACAGGUGCAGCUGGCCAAGCAGCAGGAGGAAAACUCCCUACAGAAUGAGGUGCUGCAGGAGGCCCAGAGGGAGAAGGAGGCACUGAGAGAGGAGCUGGCCAGGCAACAGGAGGAGCUGAGAGGGGCAUUAACUCUCCAGCAGGAGAGAGCUCAGUCCUUGGAGCAGAGGCAGGCGGAGCAGCAGGAGACCACUCUGGAGAUGGUGGCCCUCCAGGCAGCUAAGGACCUGGAGCUCAGCACCCUGAGAGAAGAGGCCACCCAACUCCGCCAGGAGAUCUCCACACAUGUUAGCCAUCUGAAGGAGGUGAAGAGGGAGAGCGAGAGCCUCCUGAGAGAGGAGCACACUGCCUUACAGGUGCAGCUGGCCAAGCAGCAGGAGGAAAACUCCCUACAGAAUGAGGUGCUGCAGGAGGCCCAGAGGGAGAAGGAGGCACUGAGAGAGGAGCUGGCCAGGCAACAGGAGGAGCUGAGAGAGGCAUUAACUCUCCAGCAGGAGAGAGCUCAGUCCUUGGAGCAGAGGCAGGCGGAGCAGCAGGAGACCACUCUGGAGAUGGUGGCCCUCCAGGCAGCUAAGGACCUGGAGCUCAGCACCCUGAGAGAAGAGGCCACCCAACUCCGCCAGGAGAUCUCCACACAUGUUAACCAUCUGAAGGAGGUGAAGAGGGAGAGCGAGAGCCUCCUGAGAGAGGAGCACACUGCCUUACAGGUGCAGCUGGCCAAGCAGCAGGAGGAAAACUCCCUACAGAAGGGAGCGCUGCAGAAGGUGGAGGCCGCAGCCCUCCAGGAGAGGGAGGCACUGAGAGGGGAGGUGUCCUUCCAUCAGCAGAGAGCUACAGCGCUACAGCAGAGCCUGGAAGAGCAGGAGGCUGCUAUGAGGGAGGAUCUAGUCAGGCAGAAGGAGGAGAUGCAGGCUGCAGGCCAGGUGGAGAAGGAGUUGAUGGAGGAGGCUCUGCUAACCCGGGCGCUCCAGGCAGAGCAGACCCAGAGAGAGCUGGAGGAAAGCAUGGCUGAGCUGCGAGCCCAGGCAGAGAGCAGAGAAUGUGGCCAGAGACAACAGCUGGAUGCCCUGCUCCUGGAGAAGGAGAGGCUGACGGAGGGUAACCAGGUCCUGGAGAUGAAAUGUAGUGCUGCCCAGAGGCUGGAGGCUGUACUGCAGGAGGAACUGGCCUCGCUGCGAGAACAGAUGGAGAGAACAGAGGAGUGGGAGAGGCAGAACAGAGCGCUACAGGAACAACUUGCUACCAACACCGAGGUAGUGGAACACUACAAAGCACAGGUGAGUCUGACCAGUGAACACACAACCACAUACACAUCUCUGAGCUAACGCACACCACCCCACCCCGGCAGUGGAUAUAAUUAUUAUUUGGAGGUUGAGGUGUGGCUUAUUGUGUGUUCCCAGGUUGAGAAGGCCAAGAGCCACUACUCGGGGAAGAAGCAGCAGCUUGCCGAGUCUCAGGAGCAAGUGAUGGAGCUGCAGCGCAGCCUGGAGGUCAGAGAGCAUGAGGUCAGUGCCGUUAGCGCGGAGAAGAAGCUGCUGCAGAAGGAGCUGGAGAAGGCCAGGAGCAAGGAGAAGAGCCUCAGCUCCAAGGUCAACACUUUGGAGGCACAGGUACACACAGUAUCCACCCCCUCAACCUGUUUUUAUUAUGCAUUCUACCAUACAGUAUGUCAGCUUGCUCUUCACAUGAAACUGAAAUGAUUUGUAUGUUUACAGCUGGCGUUUGCUGACCGUCACCUUCGGGAGCAGAGCCAUGUGCGACCUGAGGUGGGGCCAGGCAGGAUUGAGAAGAUGAGAGGGGGUAGAGAGAGUGUCUACCUGAAAGUCCUCCAGAGCCAGACGCACCAGGAGACCAGCGGAGACAGCCUGGACCUGAGCCUGGAUGACUCCCUCAACAUUACCACGUAACUCACCUUUUGCCUUGUCUUCUGUUACGAACUCCUCUUACCUUGCCUUGCAGCUAGGUGACUGUUAUUCAUCUCCUUCUCUCCCUGCCCUGUAGGAGGCCGUCGGGGCCUGAGGAGUCCAGUACUCCCCUGGUGCGUAGCUCGGAGCGUGUAGCUGCUAAACGUCGUGCUCUGGGAGGGGAGUCACUGGAGACGCUCUACUUCACCCCCAUGAAUAACCGCCAGAUCAACAGGUAGGUUUAUAACUUCUGUUCAGCAGCAUUAGUUUAACUGAUACUGCCACCAUAAAGAGCUAGGUUGAUAAUGGUUGUUUCCCCCAGGACUAGUACCGAGUGCCGGUUAGAAAGCAGCAUCACGUCUCUGGGAGAGCUGGCUCUGGACUCAGCCAGGAAGAGAGCACCCACCUCUUCAGCCAGACGCCGCAGGACCACCCAGGUCAUCAACAUCACCAUGAGCAAGGUGGAGGGAGCACUGGGUCACCUCUCUCACUGCACACUCUCUCUCCCUCACUCUCUCACUCACUCACUGCACACUCUCUCUCUCUCCCUGCACUCUCUCUCUCUCUCUCCCUGCACUCUCUCUCUCUCUCUCACUGCACUCUCACUCUUUCUCUCACUGCACUCUCACUCUCUCUCUCACUGCACUCUCACUGUCUCUCACUUCACUCUCUCUCACUGCACUCACCCUCUCUCACUGCACUCACUCUCUCUCUCACUGUUCUCUCUCUCUCUCUCACUGUUCUCUCUCUCUCUCUCACUGCACUCUCACUCUCUCUCUCCCUGCACUCUCACUCUUUCUCUCACUGCACUCUCUCUCUCUCUCACUGCACUCUCUCUUUCUCUCACUGCACUCUCUCUCUCUCUCACUGCACUCUCUCCCUCUCUCACUGCACUCUCUCUCUCUCUCACUGCACUCUCUCUCUCUCUCACUGCACGCUUUCUCUCACUGCACUCUCCCUCCCUCGCUCUCUCACUGCACUCUCUCUCCCUCCCUCGCUCUCUCACCGCACUCUCCCUCCCUCACUACAUACCUGGGAGCACCCUGUACCACUUUUGGUUUUCGACCCACAUGUAGCACCUCUAGCUGUCUUUUAGGUUGGUCGACCAGCUGAGGAAGACCACUGAAUUGCAGCAUAGUGAGUGAGAUGGUUGACUCCUCCUUCCCCCUCUCUCCCCCAAUAAGAAGACCCCGGGUCGCGGAGGAGCCGGUGGGGAUAGUGACAAUGAGACGUUCUACAGCCUGGCCUCCACCCGCUCCCAUCCCAACCUCACCGGAACACACACCGCACGACCUCUCUCCAUGGAGAUCUUCGACACCCCCGGAAAGCCUGCCGUUGCCUUGAGCGAUCAGCUCCUCAGUCUCCCUGGAUACCGACGAAGCACCAUCCACGUUGCACCUCCACAGAGUAUGUAACAUACAUGCAGUCUACAACUAACCUCUUGUCCUUAGCCUAUGACACUUCUCCACUGCCUCCCAGUUCAAUCAGACAUUCAAGGAGGCACCGAGAGACGAUUGGCCCAGAGUUGGUACUACAAUAUGUGUGUGUUCAUGUUUUGCACGUUGUGUAGGCACGGGCCAGUUCUGUGUGGGGGCAGAGAAUGAGCCAGAACAUGCUGCUGAUGACUGGAUGCGCAUCGCUGAGCUGCAGGCCAGAAACCAGUCCUGUCUGCCGCACCUAAAGAGCAGCUAUCCUCUGGAGUCCAGGGUACACACACACACACACACACACACACACACACACACACCAGCUCACCGUUACUCACUCUCCAUCUUGCCAUCUGUGUCAGUUUCUCUAAAAAUGUUUUGCUUGUAAUCAUCUGACCUCUGACCUCUAACCCCCCGCCCCCCCCCGCAGCCCAGCCUGGGACCGGCGUUUGAGUUCACCGAUGACGACCUGCGCAUGGGCGACCCCACGGAGACUAUCCGUAGGGCCUCUGUGAUGCCCGGUCAGAUUCAGGAGUCUCUGUCCUCCCACCGGCUCUCCCUCUACCAGGGACAGACCGACAGCAGCACAGCCACCAGGCCAGCCUACGGCUCCCACCGCCUCUCACUGAUGCCCCCCAAACCUAAAGCCAGCAGUUCCCUAAACAACCAGAACACACACAACCUCAGGGGGAGCAACCUGUCACUCAAACGCUCAGCCAAAGACCAGGAACCAGACACACCUGAGGUAGAGGGGGAGAAAGGGGUAGAUGGAGGGAGGUAGAGAUAGAUGGGGAGGUUGGAAACAAGGAGAAUGGGUAGAUGUUAAUGUGGGGGUUCAAUCAUUUAACCUGUUAUUGAAUUAUACAUUUACUGAAUUCUCUUCUCUCAGGCUAAGAGGAUGGCAACCAGCUGUUUCCCGCGUCCUCUUACCCCUAAAGGAGGUCGUUUCGGCUCAUCCAACAACCGCCAGCCCCUUAGCCCUGUGAGUCCGUCUGUCCGUCCGUCCCCCCCCCCCAAAUCUCUCUUUGUUCCUCAAGACUCUAACAUGUGGUUUGUUUACUUAGCAGCAAUGGUAGUGGUAGGACAUUUGUUAGCAUGCUCCAAACAGUAGAACUCAAACAUCCACCCAUCCUCUCUGUCUGUCAGGCUGAGCGGAGACAGUCCAUGGUGUUCUCCAUUGACAACACGCCCCAUAAGGCAGCCUCCAAGAGUGGCUUCCUACAGAGAGGCAUGAAUAAGAUCCGGAGCUCCACACGUAAAUCCCCAGGACAUGCCACACGCAAGUCUCCAGGGAACAAAAGCUCCCGUGUCCCACGGUCCGGAGAAGUGAAGUCUCCCCGCAGUGGGGCCGGCAGUGUGAAAUCCCCCCAGCCAGGAGGGAAGACACAGAGGAAGUCCCCACGGACCAACAGCAGCAAGUCCCCAAAGAACCCCACCAGCGCACGCAAGGUGAACAUUGCUUCCUUACUCCAGACAAGCAGCGUACAAUCAUAUGCAUACGAGAUUAUUUGUAGCAACAAUGGACGCGCUGUUUGACCCACCCCCGUAUCAGACCAUGUGUUUAACUACAGAGAGGUACUGUGUGUGUUUAGGAACCUGAGGUGCUGGUUGGAAAGCCGAUUCAUCUGAGCAGGUUUUCUAUCAGUUCUGAUUCUCACUCAGCAGGUUCUUUUUAACACUGGGCUGUGUUGCAGGGGCAUGUCUGCAUGGGGGGGGGUUGUGUCACGGUGAACGUGGGGGCUGUCUCGCUAAUGUUUCCUGGUGCUGAUAUUAUUCAGAUCACCCGAUGGUCCCCGGGAAGUGUGGUGUGUUUUUGUGGUGGAAGUGUUUCAUAAGUACCCAGUUUGCUACAUUACACUUGACUGUAAUGUAGCCUGCAUGACCAUGUAAUUACAUACCAUUUGGACGCACUGCUUCUAAAGUUUGACAAAGUUGGCUAAUUUCAUCAAUGGAGAACUGCUACCCACAUUAGGUGUCUGGGUGAUUGUCCAAUGUAGGGGUGUUCCUCUCCUCUCCCUAAUAAAACAUGUUUUUUUUCUCUCUCUCUCCACAGAUGAACUUCAGGAUGAAGAUGUGAAUGAUCAUACUAAACACACGUUUUCUUUUUGACAUAAUCUGCCAAGAAUAAUCAUUUAAUUUUUUUAUGUGCAAUAAAUACAAGUAUACUUUCACCAGAGGUUAUAUUAUAUUUGAGUUAGAACAUAGUGCUAAUUUGGGUUUUAAUCAUUUUGUUUCUUUUUGAGAUUUAAAAUCUAAUCUUCAUGGUUUUAUUUGACCUCCUUGUAAUGAUUUAAAGAUGCAAUUGUAUUCGUUAAGCCCUGUUCAAUGGGUUGGUAUCCACUACUGUUAUAGGUCACCUACAUGUAGACCUGGUACAUUAAAUCAUCAUGGUGUUCAGAGAUUCAUCAUGCUUUGUCUUUAUUUCAUCUCAUCUUCUUUGGCUUUUUUAAGUCUUUUGUCUCCUUCUUUUUUUAGCUUUAAAACGUAUUUUUGUAUCAUAUUUCCAUGUAUUGUCUUUUCAAAUAAAAAUGAUAACUAUCAAAUA